ACGGGGAGAAACAAGAUGGCGGCCUUGACAACCGGCGUCGGCGGUGCCGGGCGAACGGCAGCGGGAGACCCGAGGGCGGCGAUGGCAGCGGCGGCGGGAGGCGACGAGACGGACAGCGGCGGCGGCUGCAGCUUCCGCAGGAAGGGUCCCGCGCCCGGGAGCGGCGGCAGCGGCGGCGCUCGGCUGCGCUCCAUUGCGGGGACGCGGCCGUCGGUGCGGAAUGGACAGCUGUUGGUGUCCGCCGGCCUCCCGGCCCUGGACCAGCUCUUAGGUGGUGGUUUAGCUGUUGGAACACUGCUUCUAAUUGAGGAGGACAAAUAUAAUAUUUACUCCAAUUUGCUCUUCAAGUAUUUCUUGGCUGAGGGAAUAGUCUGUGGGCAUACUUUGUUGGUUGCCUCUGCUAAAGAAGACCCUGAUGACAUUUUACAGGAACUUCCUGAACCAUUACAUGAUGAUAAGUAUAGAAAAGAGCUUGAUGAUGUAAGUAGUCGUAAAUCACAAGGAGAGCCAGAUAUUUCCAUGAAGAUAGCCUGGCGUUAUCAAAACUUACCCAAAAUGGAGACUGGUCCAGGAUCAUCUUCAAGAUUUGGUCACUAUUAUGAUAUGUCAAAAAGGAUGCCCCAAGAGAUAAUUCAGUCUGCAAAAUGGCACAGAUUUUUCCUUCCAGAAGAAAUUACUUCAUAUCCUAACGUAGAAUCCUGUGCUCUGACCCAUGGCUACACAAAGCUUCUUCACUCCAUCCAGAGAAUCGUGUCUGAGGAAGGAUUCGACGGCUCCUGUCCGCAGAAAAAACAAAAAAACAUUUUAAGAAUUGGGAUUCAGAGUCUUGGCUCACCUUUGUGGGGAGAUGACAUCUGCUGUGCUGACACCCCUGAACAUAUGCAUAGUCUUACAAGAUUCCUGUAUGUCCUCCGUGGUCUUCUCAGAAUGUCCCUCUCAGCCUGUGUCAUCACAGUGCCAUCACAUCUAAUUCAGAAUAAAGCAAUUACUGCACGAGUUAGAAACUUGUCGGAUACAGUAGUUGGUCUUGAAUCAUUUCUCGGUUCUGAGAGAGAAGCCAGUUCUCUAUAUAAGGAUUUCCAUGGUUUGAUUCACAUACACCAGAUCCCCCGGCUCAAUAGCCUGAUUGGCGAUGUGUCCGACACGAAGGACCUUGCUUUCAAACUCCAAAGGAAAGUCUUCACCAUUGAGAGACUGCAUUUGCCUCCAGACUUGUCAGACACAGUGAGCCGCUCGAGCAAACAGGAUCUGGUGGAAUCCGCCAAACAGCUGAGCCUGGGAUGUGGCGUGAUGGCUGAAGGCAAAGAGCGCCUGGACUUCUAGGGAUUGCUACUUGGGGGCCUCUCUCAGACUCCUGUGACACCUGCUUUAUACCCUCUUUGAGGUUACCAAUGGCUUAUGUGAAUAUUUUUCUUAAUGAUUUAACCCAACAAUCUUAAAAACCCAUAAAGAAUUUUUAAAAUGG